AUGGAUGCUGCCGCGGUGCAAGCUACUGGCCAGCAAACCGGCCUAUCAUCGAAAUUCGCAGAGCCAUGUUUCGGCUACGAUGUUGAGAAAUUCCCAGAGACUCACGCUACCAAAAUAGGUACUUGGACUCUCUGCUUAAACACCGGUACCAUGGAUCUUGACCGCAUGUCAAGAUCCACUAAGGGACGGAAAUUGGGCGAACCUACAUUCGAAUCGGCUGGCGGUCGACCUCUUCGCAACCCGGACUUUCUGCCAAACAGAUUUUGGGUACCAUUGAGACUCCGUGCCCCAUCGUCGCGUGUAUGCUCCAUCAUCUCCGCAGUGAGCCGAGAAACAUGUUCGUCGGCGCGAAUGGCUGUCGAGGCCCCGUCAGCAUCAGGUGUCCCCCAAACCUGGUCUGUUCCACUGUUUUUCGAGGAACUGAUGAUCGAGGCUUGCGCAUCAGCUUCACCGCCAAGAGCAAAAGAAGCCUGCUGUUCGGCACCCAACGACGAUGACGACGCAUCGCACCGACCAUGGCAUGGGAUUCUCGACCAAUGCCAUGCUCACACGAAAAGCUCAUCCCAGAAUCUUGCAGAUCGUAACCAAAACCCCAACAAUACGGCCGCGGAGGUCGGUCUUUUCGCCCAGUCUGGCAACCGCCAUGUUCAGGGGUUCAGUAAUGGCCCCUGGGAUGUCUAG